AACAUAAAUUUAGAAAAACUUAGGUGUAUAUAUAUAUAUAUAUAUACAUCCUUACUCUGAAUAUAUACAUCCUUACUCUGCUCAUCAGUUCUCAUCAGAGAAACAUAGAAUAACAAAAAAAAAAAAAAACUAAGAAUCGAGAAAAGAGUCGAAAUGAAGUUCGGGAAGGAGUUUUCGUCUCAGAUGGUGUCAGAGUGGCAACAAGCUUACAUGGACUACGAUUAUCUCAAAAUCCUUCUCAAACACAGGGAUCACCACAGCGGAGGAUUAAACCGGAAAAUGACUCUGGACAGCCUAUUUAGCUGUUUACAACUCUUUACUCCGCGAAGACAAAGACUCUGUAAUUCUCAAGACGUCGAGGGAGGGGUGCAAUUGAAGGCGAAAACUACGACGACUAGGCCGAUUGAGGUGGAGACCACUGCUGAUGGCCAGGUCCAGACGAAGUUUCUGAUGGAGGGGGAAGUAGGAGAGUACGAGAGAGAGUUUUUCGGACGACUAGAUAAGGAAUUCAAUAAAGUCAUAAAGUUUUACGAAGAGAAAGCUGAGAAAGUGUUGAAAGAAGAAGAAGGGCUUCAAGGAAAGCUGGAAGCUUUGAUCACGGCCGGUUCUAAGCAUAACGAUAUAAAAUAUUCGCGUUGGAAAAGAGUGGCUAAUAUAGCUUCUCGCGCUAAAGUUGAGAAUCCAGAAAGGUGCGAAUGGGAAGAAAGGGAUGAAGAGAUCACUCCACUGUCGGCGGAUAUCUCUCCUUCUAGUCCCGUCGGAGCUAAAUCAAUGAUAGUUCGAAGUCAAGCUCAUACGGUGGUGAUAGAGGAUGGAGAGUCGAGCAGAGUUGGUCAAUCAGAAGAUGGAGCCAUAGAAUCGGCCGAUGCAAUGGAUACGAGCAAGAUGAGCAACAACACAAGAGGAAAUAUCCAGGAAUCGAAUAAGACCGAGUUAAAAUUAAGCAGAGAAAAUUCGAAGAAAGUCAAGAAACUGAAGCACGCUUACAUCAAGUUCUAUCGUGAGAUUAUAGAUCUACAGAACUACAGCUUUUCGAAUGCAAAGGCGUUCUCGAAGAUAUUGAAGAAGUAUGAGAAGAUAGCUUCGAGGGAUGCAAGGAACCCCUACAUGAAAGUGGUUGAUAGUUCAUACCUCGGAAGCUCUGAUGACGUCGUGCGACUCACAAAGCGUGUUGAAGAGGACUUCAUAAAACAUUUUGCAGAAGAUAAUCGAACCAAAGGAAUGAACAUUCUACGGCCUAAAAUGACACGAGAGAGGCACAGACUUACAUUCUCCACAGGUUUCUCGGCUGGAUGCGUUUUCUCUCUUAUAGUGGCUCUUGCUGCGAUCAUCCGCACCCGAAAUAGCUUGCAGGAGGAUGGCCAGGAGAUAUACAUGAAUACUAUGUUCCCACUUUAUAGCUGGUUCGGUUUUGUAAUGCUGCAUAUCAUGGUGUAUGCUGCGAAUAUAUACUACUGGAGGCGAUACAGAAUAAACUAUUCCAAAAUAUUUGGGUUCAAGCAAGGAACUGAACUUGGACAUAGACAAGUCCUGCUUGUGGCUUUCAGCAUUGGCGUCUUUGCAUUGCUUUGUGUUCUUGCAAAUCUUGACAUGGAGGUAGAUCCUGAAACAAAAGACUAUCAAGCAUUCACCGAACUUCUUCCUCUUUUCCUACUUAUUGGUAUAUUUGGGGUUCUAUAUCUGCCAUUCGAUUUCUUUUAUCACUCGAAACGCAAAUUCUACCUUACAUGUAUGUUUCAUUGCAUCGCCGCUCCUUUUUAUGAGGUAUCAUUUGCUGAUAGCUUCUUGGGCGAUCAAUUCACUAGCCAGGUUCAAGCUCUUCGAAGCUUCGAGUUCUACAUAUGUUACUAUGGUUGGGGUGAUUUCAAACACAGAAAGAACACUUGUACCAAGUCUCAUGCGUACAAUGGUUUCUUCUUCAUUGUUGCUGUCAUCCCUUUCGUCUCUCGCCUCCUUCAGUGCCUGCGACGACUGGUUGAUGAUAAAAAAACGGAUCACAGGUGGAACGGACUCAAGUACUUCUUGACAAUAGUGGCGGUUUGCUUCAGAACUGCUUACAGUAUCCAGCCAGCUCAAAUCGCUUGGAGAGUUUUAGCCAUUAUCUUCUCAGUUGUAGCUGCAAUAUUUGGUACUUACUGGGACUUUGUCCAUGAUUGGGGUCUUCUAAAACGGGGAUCCGAAAACCGCUGGCUUCGGGAUAACCUCCUCAUUCCUCAGAAGGAAGUAUACUUCAUCGCCAUGGUUUUGAAUGUCCUGCUGAGAUUUGCAUGGAUCCAAACGGUUCUGGAUUUCAACCUCCCCUUUAGGCAUAGUACCCAGACGAUGGUUGCUGUUGUAGCUAGUCUUGAGAUAAUUCGCCGUGGUAUAUGGAAUUUCUUCAGAUUAGAGAACGAGCAUCUGAACAAUGUCAGAAAAGAAGAAGAAUCAAGGAUCAAAGGUGAAGAUAAAGACGCUUAGUAGUUUCAGAAGACCGUGAAUGUACUCUUUCGAUACAUCAAACAGUUUACACUGUCUUAACUUUUUUUAUUCCACCUUUCUCAAAAAACCUUUUUUUUUUUCCGCAAA